AUGUCGAAAGAGACCAAGGGUAGUACGAGCAGAGCCAUGAAUAGCUAUAGCGGUGGCUUGGAAGCAAACACAUUGGCCAUGCUUGAUUCGACCGGCGCUAAGGACAACCGCGACGCUAACGAAGAUCGUACGUCUUCCUCCACUCGACUCAAUCAAUCCUCGUUUUCGUUUCCCUAUAAAUUUAUUUAUUCGUCGGAUGGAAUCAUAGGUUUGCAGUUUCUGGAAGCUGUUCGCGCCGCUUCACUUGUACCCGAAAUCGGAAUCCCCCCAACUAACAAAAUGUACCAAGCGAUUUUUGGGGUAUUGAGAUUCGGAAGAACAUUGGAACUCAUCACUGCAAGUUUCCAGCUUUUGACACAAUUACAUCAGCGCUUUCCUUGGGUUUAUAUCUCUAAUUCAGCUCAACUGGAAAUCGUUGACGAGGCUUGGUCACCGUUUAAUUUUGGGUCUGAUGUUGAUUCUGAUGAAAAGGAAAUAUCAGUGAGAAGCUCACGGUUUCAACAGCUGAUUCAAGACAUGAACAAAGGAGUUAAUGAGUCUGAGGAAUCAGAUUUAAAGAUCCUGAGAAACAAGUUCCUGUUCGAGUAUCUUGUUCAUGUUCUUAAGUUUGACUUCACGCCUAGAAAUCAAGUGUAUCAAGAAACCAUGAAUUGGAGUCUGUUAAAGGAGUCCUCACUGAAUCUACUCCUGGCUUCAAGAAGAGUGAAUUUUAAAUUCCUAAUGAAGGAUUGUGUAUCUACAAUAUGUGCACUCUUUGAUGCGGAUGAAAAAUCUAUCAGUUUGGUGGACUUGCACAAGGGAACCCUCUCUGCUAUGAAAGAACUUCUUGCAAUGAUCAUGGAGCUUGAUGCGUCAAAGAAGAAAGCUGACAUGGAAGGGAUUACCAAUAGAGGAGACGGCGUAAGGACUCCUGCAAUGGAGAUCAUUGUCGACGAGCUGACCUAUGAUGGAUACUUGCUGUCAAAUUUUCUUCAGGUUUUUGACGAUUCUAAAUGGAAGCUUGAGAUUGUUAUCCAAUACCUCACCAAAUACAUUCCUAAGCCUUCUGUUCGUACCCGGAGAUCUAGCAAUCCUCAAGCAGAGGAUUCGAAAACGCUAAAUGGGAUCUUAAGAACGUUUUCAAGUGGCACAAACGCCAAAAAUAUAACCAAAAAGAUAGGAUCCGACAUUGUUCAAAUCCUCGUUGGACAUGCCUUUCUGGCUCGGCUUACAUUAUCUGACUCUAACGAAGACGACUCUAUAACAGAGAUAUGCAAGAGUAUCAUCUCUGCAUUUACUAAUCUAAAGCGAGUAGAUUCGAAAAUCGAGUUUUUGCCGUUUGGGAAAGAAGUAUUGUUCACUGCAGAGAUGGUGCUCAAGGCAAAAGCUUAA